UUCUUGUGUUGCGUUGCCUUGUGUUUCUCCUUUUCUUUUUAAAUCGCGGUCCAAAAUCGGGUUGACCCGGUUCUGUCCCACAUGUUGUACCUGCUUUUGCACCACAGAGCACGUUCAUCAUAUGCAGAAAAAUCGUGCUUACUCGAAUUAACCACUUAUUGGAUGGUGUCUGUCUUCAGAACACUGCUCCAAGAUGCGUCUACAUCGGAGAAAAUUCUAGAAAAACAUUGAAAGGAUUAAAAGAAAAAAGGAUAGUCAUCCGGCCAUGACGAUUAUCUACAACUUCCCAAAAUGGCGGCUGUUACUACUUCCGAUCUCUAUCAGACCAAUGCAGCACUAGUCAGUCACGAAGAUCUGGAGGUACCCAGUUUGACCUACACAUCCUGUUUUACCCAGCUACCAGCAUUUCGUUGGAGGCCAACAACAGCUUCUGUGGCUGGACGGAACAAAAAGCUGCAUCGGACUGGGUGAAUCAGCUAUGGCGCCAAUAAUUCUAUACGAUUACGACGCGAGCCCUCCAUGCACCCUAGUGCGUAUUGUAGCCCGCCUGGUUGGCGUGGAGCUCAAGAAAGUGAAACUAAAUGACGUCAUACAAGAAGUGGCUACUACUGAGAUGACACAGAAAAAUCCGCAGCGCACAAUUCCGACGCUGGACGACAACGGCUUAAUUAUUGCUGAAAGCCGUGCUAUAGCUAUGUAUCUAAUAUCGAAAUACGCGAAGGACGAUUCACUGUACCCGAGUGACCCGUCUAAGCGAGCUCUUGUAGAUCAACGGCUGUUUUUUGACUUCGACAUCUAUGGAGCUAUUGGGAAAAUCUGGUAUGCAGUUAUUGACGGAAAACCAGCAGACCAGACGUAUGUGGACAAAGUAAACGGUGGACUAGAGACUUGGAACAGAAUGCUAGAAGGAAAGCAAUGGCUCGCAGGGGAUAACAUCACACUGGCUGAUUACUCUGCUGCUCUAAUUGUGUCAACAACUCAGAAUGUUCCAAAAACGGAAUUUGAUCCAUACAAGUACAAAAAUAUUGCUGAGUGGCUCUCUAGAGUUGAGAGCUCUAGCCAAAACUACGCAGACGAGAUGAAAGUAUUCCGUGACGCCGUGCAACCUCAUCUAGAAAAGAUACAAAAAAGAUCAAAGUGAUAAUUUGUUUAGUACCUGCUGUUUUGCAUAUAUUUCUCAAAUAAAGUUUUAAAUUAAAAAUAUAUUAAUUUAUUACGAAGCUGAUAACUAUUUUUUCAGUUCUGAUUAUGUUACAGAUACAAGUAUACAUUUCUAUUUGCAGUACUUGAUGUGACAUAACCAGUUAUUAAUUACUGCAUAGUUUCGUCAUGUCAUUACGUAUAAAAAUAUGUUUAAAAUACGAACUGCCGUUAAUGUGGACUGAGUGGCACAUCAGAUGUAAAACUUCGACGAUUUGUAAGGAAUGGGUCGCCAGAUUGUAAACAUAAAGCCACGUCUGAAGUAUUUAUCUCGAUGACUAAAACAAGCCAUGUGUUAUCGUGAAUAGGUAACAUUUAUAACACGAGCAAAGUUUUGAAAAAUUCUUCUGGUGACCUCACUGACCCUACAGAAUAAAAUAUUCUUGGAAAUGCUACGUAUCUGAACAGAGGGAUAGUGAACUACACCGCAGGAAUGUGAGCAGAGUACAAUUAAACCUCUUGACACCAACUAAAGUUGAUGAACACCUCUGAUAAUGUUAGGCCAGUGUAUGUUAAAGGAAGGCGGUAUUUUCAACUUUUAAUGUGUUAAUUAUGUUUCUUCACAGCUAGUUUCAGUCUUUAAGUGUUUCUAGAGUGAUUUAUGGUUCUUGUGAACAAAUAAAAUUAAUACAAUGAA